CGAAAACACUCGGUUGUUCCCACUGUUUCGUCAACGUCCAUCCGCGGUGGCUAAAGCAUAUCAAAUAAUUUGUUAUGUGGCCAGAACCCGCGCGGGAUUAGAAUACUACGAGUGCUCGCAUAAUAGAAAUUAUUUACAUCUACUUUCUCAUACCACAAGGGGAAAACUCCCCAGGAAAUUCAAGAAGAUUCGCAUCCCGGGAUAGCGGAAUUAUCAUCUACCCCUGGAGGGCGAACAGGAAUUGCUUCUGCGAAUCUGACACGUGGGUCAACAUCCAGGAUUCAACUAACACCGAUAAAGUGGAGUCAACUACUCAACGUAUCUGAGGAGUGAAUUUAUAUUAAGACCGUAUCGUAAAGUGGAAAUCAUCCAGUCGAGCAUGUGGCUUUACGCAGCAGCUAUUGCCGGGUACAUCGGAAUAUUUGCUGGUAGCACUCCCUACGGAUGGAGUUCACCGGCAAUACCUCUGUACAAGGAGCCAGAUUCACCAGUGAAAAUAACCAAUGAUGAAGGUGCCUGGAUUGCCUCCACGUUCAUGCUGGGCUGUGCAAUGGGUCCACUGCUCACCCUGCUGAUUGCUCAUGUUGCUGGCAGGAAGACCCUCCUCAUAGCUGCAAGUGUCCCCUGGUUCAUUGGCUGGACCAUGAUUGUUUUUGCUCGCACACCAUGGGAACUUAUGCUCGCGAGACUCAUCUCCGGGACAGGUACCGGGACAUGUUUUGCAGUUCUGCCAAUGUACCUGGGUGAAAUAGCCCCCGCAAAAAUCCGAGGAAUCUUGCUGACGGCGAUAAUGAUGGCGUGUAGAUUUGGAAUUCUAUUUUCUUACGUGUUAUGUCCAUUCGUGUCAUUACAAACGAGUGCCCUGAUAUCCCUAAUUCUUCCAAUUCCAUACGUCUGCUGUUUCAUGUGGCUGCCAGAAUCGCCCUAUCAUUUUAUGCGUCGUGGGCGUCGUGAAGAUGCCUCAAAAUCACUGGCUAUUCUCCGUGGUACCAAGGACAUAACCGCUGAAUUGCACACCAUUGAAACAUCAGUUAAGGCUGAAAUGGCGAAUAGCGGUGGCCUGGGAGAGAUAUUCCUGGUACCUGGCAAUCGAAAGUCAAUGACAGUGGGCGUUAUGCUGGGAUUAAUUCAACAAUUGUCCGGUAGCCAGGCAAUUAUGAUGUACACACAGACAAUAUUUGACCAAGCGAACGUUGAUCUCGAGGGUAAAUACAUGGCAAUGAUCUUGGGACUCGUACAGAUUGUUUGCACUGGAAUUUGCGCUGUAAUUGUUGAUCGUAAUGGUCGGCGUUUUUUACUGCUGUUCUCGGUGAUCGGAUCCCUAGUAUCAACAGGUAUCGUCGCUAUUUAUUUCACUCUGCAGUACUCCAGUAUUGAUACCAGUGCUAUUACCUGGUUACCUGCCACUGGAUGCAUGUUCUAUGUGGUAUUUUACUCUCUCGGUCUUGCUCCAUUGCCGGUUACUGUAAUGGGUGAACUAUUCCCGACGAAUAUCAAAUCACUUGCCUGUGUUCUUGUUACUUUUAUUUCUAACUUGACUGGAUUUACUGUUGGAAAGACUUAUCAAGUUAUCAGCGACUCUGUUGGUACCCAUGUAGCUUUUUGGAUGUUUACUUUGUUCAAUGCUAUUGGUACUACUUAUAUCUAUUUAUCUGUACCGGAAACCAAAGGCAAAACUCUACAGGAAAUUCAGGCCGAGUUGCAUCAUAAAAAGUGUGACAUCGAUAAAGUGCCGGCGUAAAUUUAGUUGAUGGUGAUAUUUUUAUUUGUGGAAUUUUACUGAUUGGGACAGUGUGUGCGCGUGAAUUUUCUUCGCGAUCGAUGAUUUGUGUGUGAUUUAGGUAUUAAGCUCCGAUGUGGUCUCACAACCGGUCAGCUUCUACGUAUUACGUAAUAUCAAUAGUUACUCUCGUAACUCAUCGAACUAUUGGUUUCGUGCGGUCUUUCCUGUGAAACUGAAAACAGAAUUUAACUAGACUGUUACCGAAACUCCACUCGUUCAUCAUGAUUAAAUAAUUUUUUUAAAUAAUGUAGACGAUGAAUUUAUUGAUAUUAAACUUCAAAUGACAAUUGGA